AUGGGCGCGCGCAUCCGGGCGCUGCUGCUGGCGCAGCUGUUGCCUGUGCCACUCCUCCCAAGCAGACAGCAGAGGAGAGGCUCAGGGUGCCGUGUUUCUCUGUCCCCUCGCCCCCGGGCAGUGCUGCCAGCCCCCUACAUCCUGCAGGAGGUGCAGGUCGGCAUUAUAAACACCACCAUGUGCAACUACCUGUACACACAGCCUGUGUUCCGCCACGACAUCUGGGGGGACAUGAUGUGUGCUGGCGACUCCCAGGGCGGCAAGGAUGCCUGCUUCGGUGACUCCGGCGGACCCUUGGCCUGCGAGAAGAGAGGGCUGUGGAUUCAGGUUGGAAUCGUGAGCUGGGGAUCGGGCUGUGGGAGGCCCAACCGGCCCGGCGUCUACACCAACGUCAGCAGGCACUUCGGCUGGAUCCGGACGCUGAUGGCCCGUGGGGGCACUCAGAGGCCAGAGCCCUCUCCGCUGCUCCUCCCCCUGCCUGUGCUCUGGGUCGCCUGGCUCCCGCAGCUGGCCUGAGCCCAAUAGACCCCUGCGAGCUGCGGCCAUCUGCUGAGCCAGCCCCGUCCCCCACCCUGUCCCUUUUCCAAUAAACACAUCAGCAUGUCGCA